AUGCGUAUUCUGAAUACGAUCACCGUAUGCAUUAUAGUCGUUCUAUCCACAGUUUCUAGCGAACAAACCUGCACUCGUCUCCGUCAGAAUAUCAAACAUCGUUUCCAUGCUCUUCGCCAUUGUCAGCGAUCUAAUCGAACUAUAGUUGGACUCAUCAAUGUCAACAGCGUAGCCGACUGUGCCGAUUAUGCACGCAAAAAACACGGAAUGGCAUUCAAUUACGGACCCAAGGAGCGCAACGAAACGAACUUUUUCGAAGUGUUGAAGGCUCAGGAGGCUGCUAAGUCCAAUCAAUCCACCACUCCAUCUAAGGGCACGGAUACGAUCACUGCCGAUCCGGAGGAGUUCUUCAACUGCCAGGUUCUGGAGUGUCCUGAGUACCGGAACCUUUCGACUAUUGUCAACGAUACUCGUUUCGAUUACUAUAGUCUCUUCACUAGGCCACCACCAUCGGAGAACGCUACAUGUAUUCCAUCGGUGGGAAUGUUUAUUCUGAAUGAUAAUAAGCUAAAUUACACCCAGGCGUUUAACGUAUGUCACACGCUGGGUGGCAGCUUAGCUCACGUGGUCAGUGAAAUACGAACCAAUAUGCUUUCGAAAAUGGUUGCCAAUGAAGCAGGAGCAAACAUGAAUAGAAACAUUACCAGCAUUAAGGAAAAUGUAACUUUGGGAGAAGCUUAUGUGGGACUAAAUGAGAUUACCAAGGGCGCUUUCAUCACAUCUGGAAAAGAACCUUUGGAAUGUUUCCUAUACCGAGCGUGGGCUCCGGGACACCCUAGUAAAACUCGUCAAGCAGGAUGCGUAGCCGUAACUACCAACCAUUCGUGGACCGUUCACAAUUGCAACAAAUCUCUGCAAUACAUUUGUGAACUUCAUACAUCUGGACCUCCAACACACAAGGUUCGGCUAAAACGAAAAUGCUCCCUGAAGCGUCCCAACAAUCGGAUUGCCCCGGGACGGCACAUCAUACCUUGAAUAAAACUACUAACCGUUUGAUCGUUUCAUUUAUUCAACGAGCUUACAUAUAUAAAGUAAAUAAAUAAAUAUAAAAUAAUCUUUGGUAAUCUGCGGUUCUUUUUGAGCUACGAACGCGUUAGUGAUAACGCUAUCUACAUCUAGAUAGAGCUUACAGCCUGAAAAUAAAAA